AUGGCUACGAGUCUUUUAGCUCGGGAUUUAACUCAUUCAACUCGAUCGACAAUAUCCAGUCUUGAAACAUUACGACAAGAACAUAAUUUGUUACUUUCAUCAUCUACUAAUGAUGAUAAACGUACAUAUAUUCAACAAUCUCUUGAAUCAAUUAAUUUGGGUAUUGAUGAAGCUGUUGUUAUGUUACAACUUGAAAAUCAUUUAGAUGAUCUUGAUAGUGAAACAUAUAAAUUAAUGUUACAAGUACAACGAUUAACACAAGAAAAUAAUUGGUUACGUGAUGAAUUAUCUUUAACUGAAAAAAAUUUACAAACAAGUACACAAAUGAAACAAGAGUAUGAACAAGAUAUUCGUGCAUUAAAUGAAUCAUUAGCAUCUAUUACAACCGAUGAAAAUUUUAAUUUAACUAAUUCUAUAGAUAUUGAUAAAGACAUGCCAUCUGAAAUAAAAGAACAAACUUCAAUUAAUCCUACUAAUAUUAAUCCUGAUAUAAAAAAUCAUUCGGAAGUUCCAGCACGUUUUCGUACACUACACAAUCUUGUUAUACAAUAUGCACAAGCUGGUCGAUAUGAAGUAGCUGUACCAUUAUGUCGACAAGCACUUGAAGAUCUUGAAAAAACCCAUGGUCAUACACAUCCAGAUGUUGCAACAAUGCUUAAUAUACUUGCAUUAGUUUAUCGUGAUCAAAAUAAAUUUAAAGAAGCAUUACAAUUAUUAUCUGAAGCUUUAACAAUACGAGAAAAAACACUUGGUCUUGAACAUCCUGCAGUUGCUGCUACUUUAAAUAAUUUAGCUGUACUUUAUGGAAAAAGGAAUCGAUAUAAAGAAGCAGAACCAUUAUGUAAACGAGCAUUAGAUAUUCGAGAAAAAUGUUUUGGUGUAGAUCAUCCUGAUGUAGGGAAACAAUUAAAUAAUUUAGCAUUAUUGUGUCUUAAUCAAGGUAAAUAUGACAAAGUGGAAGAAUAUUAUAAACGUGCUAUUGAAAUAUAUAUAAAACAUUAUGGUAAAAAUGAUCCAAAUGUUGCAAAAACAAAAAAUAAUCUUGCAUCAGCAUAUUUACGUGAAGGAAAAUAUAAAUUAGCAGCUGAAUUAUAUCAAGAAGUUUUAUCGAAUGAACAAUGUCAAAAUUCAUCAAAUAAUGUAAAUACAACAUCGAUUUCAAUUCGAGAUGGUUCAACAGUAACGACAACAUUAAAAAAUCUUGGAGCAUUGUGUCGUCGACAAGGUUUCUAUGAACAAGCUGAUUAUAUUGAAUCAUGUGCAACAAAAUCAACUCAAGAUCCAGAUGCUAUUAAUCGUGCUUUACAUAUUUUACGACAAUUACGUAUCUAUGAUGAUGUUAAUCAAGGAACAAUGCGACGUACUCAACAACAACCACCUCCACAAGAAUAUGGACGAUUACGUCGUAGUGGUUCAUUUCAAAAAUUACGACAAAGUAUUAGACGUGGUUCAGAAAAACUUGUACAAAAACUUCGUGGAACAUCAUCAACUGGUUGGAAUAAUCAAUCAUUUAAUUCUUCACAAUAUCAACAACAAGAACAGCAACAACACCCACAACAAGAUAGUUAUAAUAAUGGUCCAAUGAAACGUGCAUCAUCAUUAUCUGUUUUAAAUAAUGUUCCAUUACAACAACAACAAAUGAAUAGACCAUUAACAACAACAACAAAUUCAAUCGAUCAACAAAAUAAUUCUUCUUUUAAACAACAAUAUCCAUCGACAUUAAGUGCUCGAUUGGCCAGUGCUGAAAAUCUUCAUUGA